ACUACAGAUUACCGUAAUAGUACACUCGGACUAAUUUAUUAUGACUUGGUUAUCAUUCGACUGAUACACCAGUUGAGCUAUUUUUACAGAUAUUUGCUAUAGUCAAAACUCUCCACUCUGUAAAGACAAUGUCUGUUUUGCCGAUACAAGUCCUAAGUCAGUACUAAAUGCUCCAACUCUAUCUACAUGUUAUGAUGACAACAACAACAACAGUUCUUUGUGCCCAAUACAAUCGGCAUCUAGAUUAGAUUUAACUCCACAUACAGAUCAGUCACCCUCUCACUGGCGAAGACUAAAAAAGCGUACUUCGGACAUACUUGUAAUGCAAAAUAAGGAUCCAACAACUUCAAGCACUCUCGAAUCUCAAAUCUCUUCUUUCUCUAUAGCUACUUGUAAUUCUGAAACUAGUUCAUUUUUUCCAACUAUUACAAAUACUGUCAGCAUUUGCGGCAUUAGUGGUUAUAACAAUGUAGAGAUGCCAAAUUCUGAUAUGGAGUUGAACAAAAAUUGCUUGUACCAAAGUUCUCCAUCUUCAACUUCCACUGUUAUCCCGUUGGCUAAUGCAUCUCUUUUGUUAAAUCCCGGAAAAUUCUGUCCACCCAAUUCUAAGUGGAUUUCACCCGGUGCAAGUGGGUCUUCGAUUGCAGCCGCAUUGACAGCUGUAAAUAUGCAACAAAGAUUUAAGAAAGGAGAUGUAGUCAAAACACCUAAUGGUGUAAGGAAAAAAUUCAAUGGAAAACAGUGGCGCCGUUUAUGUAGUCGCGAGGGUUGUACCAAAGAAUCUCAACGACGUGGAUUUUGUUCACGUCAUCUUUCAAUGAAAGGGAAGGAAAUGCGUGUAAUGGGAUAUGCCGCUGCUGUAGCGGCUUUGAAUUCUUCCGAAUCGAAAUACAGCACAUCAGGUAUUCCUAGAGAACAUGGAUCAAACCGUAAUAAGAUGAAUUCAUUCACAUCUACCGGAUUAUUAUCUUCAUCGACACCAUCACUACUUCUCACUCCUUCCAUUUUCGCGCCCUACAAACUAACUCCUUUUCUGUCAACAAGUAAGUCAGCAUCUAUAACAACUGAGACGGGUUCCUCUACGAGUGCAACACAAACGGUCAUAUCUUCUACAACUACGGAACUGCUGACGACGACAACGACGACCAUUUCACAACAAUCAGUGUUCUCGCUUCCACUGACUUCAAUUCAUUUUAAUGAUCGGUAUGAUUCAAGCAUUAUACCUACCACUGUUGGCGCACAAGUUACUUCAAUGCCUAUUCCGAAUCCUUCAUUCGCACCGUUACUAUUUAAUACUUCCGUUGGACAAAUGUCUCCAAUUUCUACUCCUCUUGCUUUACUUCCUAUUCUCACGGAUAGUAUUUCUGUAGGGGAACCCUCUUUAAGAAAACAAGAUGCACCAAGAUUUAAUUCAAAUAAUUCAUCGGACUUUUGGGAUAAUCCAACUACAACUGAAAACGAAAAUAGUAAUCUUAACAAAGGUCACAGUAGUGGUAAUCAGUACUGUGAUAAUAGUCACAAAAGUCCUGGUCAUCGUGAAUCAGACAGUGACCAAUGUUCAACACCGUUAUUAAGUCAAGUCUGCAAUCUUGUAGAUAUUGAAAAGUCUGAUCAAUCUGCUGAAACAGAUUGUAUCGAAAAUUCCGAGGAGACCUGUAAGCAAUUGUCACGUGAGACGUCCAGUUCAGUAUUGACUCAAAAUUGUAGCGGCAACGUUAAUGAUGAUGAUGAUGAUGGCGGCGGCGGCGGCGAUCAUCACAAUCAUGAUUAUGAUAAUAAUGAUAAUCAACUUAAUAUUACUACUCCUGUAAUUAAUUUAAACAUUUCUAAAACUGAUAAUACUCAAGUGUUCAAUGAAUGUUCAAUAAAUAAAAAAUUAAAACUGUCUACAAUAUUAAAUAAAACUAAUCAAGAUAAAAAACAUGUACGUCGUCCAAUGAAUGCUUUUAUUAUAUUUUCUAUGAGACAUCGUAGUGAAGUACAUCGUCUUUAUCCAAAUAAAGAUAAUCGUGUGGCAAGUCAAAUUUUAGGUGAUUGGUGGUAUCAUUUAGAUGCAUCAGAAAAAGCACCUUAUCAACAAUUAGCUCGUGAACUAAAAGCUGCGCAUUUUCAAUUAUUCCCCAAUUGGAAAUGGUCUUCUAAACAGAGACUUAGGUCAGAAAGUGGAAACAUUAAGAAACGAUUCCUAACUGAUUGUAAUUCACAUCCAAAAACACAUACAUCACUGACUGAUUCUAGCAAUUUAUUGGUGAAUAAGUCUUUAUCAGAUGAAAAUAAACUUAUUACACAUUCAUGUACCAGUAACCAGAUCAAUGAAUCUGACAGUAUUUUAGCGAAUUCAGCUUUAAACGAGUUAUCAUUGAAUAAUGAAUCACCUAUAGCUUUAUCACAAUCGAAUCUCAUAGCUGAAAAUAUCACUCAACAUAACUGUUAUGAUAAUCAUAGUUCCAUUGAAGUAAAAUCCUCUGUUAUUGAGAAUGAUCUGUAUGGAUUAAAUGGUUUAGACUUAUUAUUACACGCCGUUCAAUAUUUGGAUAAAGAAAAUAACUUAUUUAAUGAUGCUUUAAUACAACCUCCACCACUUGUUAUUGAGGAUCUUGAUACUGAUUCUAAAAACGUUCAAGUCAACAUUGACAAAUCCAAUACAUCCUGUAGUGAUAAUUUUGAAACUAUUAAUAAUUCCAACGAGGAAUUAACAGAGCACAAUUUUGAAGAUACGACACUAACUCCUGAUCAAGAGUCAACCUCACUGAGUGGUUCAAUAAAAAAUCUUUUAAUAGAUUCUAGCGUAACUACUUCUACAUGUAAUUCAACUAGUCAAUCAGUUCUCGAACAAUCGUCAAAUUCUGGUACUUUCGAAAACUCUAAUAAUUUUCUACAAAACCAAUCAUUAAGCGAUAGCAACAAAUCCAAUUCAAUUACAGACCUAUCUCAUCCUACAUUUAUACUACCACAAAUUGCGGUUUGUCCAAAUACAUUACUAAUUGAAGUGGCAGAAAAUCCUCUCCUGUGUCCACUAUCAAUUAAUAUUAAACCAACGUUAUUGUCGUCACCAUUAUCAUCAUCGUCUUCUUUGUCGUCCAAUUGUUCAUCUACAGAAUUGAACAACUCUUUACUUGAAAUCAAUCAACAAUCUAUAAAAAAUACUUGUGAAAUAUCAAAAUCUAAUCAAAUCAAUGAAAUUUCUUUAGAAAAUAAUAUUGAUACUCACAUACCUAACCAACAAAAUUCUACAAUUCCGAUAAAUAACUCAUACCAUCAACUUGUUUCUUUUAAAGAAGAGAAUUGUGUAAUCUAUGAUUGUGAGAAUAAAUUUCAAUCAUCUACCAAUAAAAAUUCUCAGAAUCAACAAACUGUUUCUUCUAAAUCAAAACCUCCUCCAUUGAAAUUACAAAAUGAUGUAUUUAAUUCCAGCAUCAUAAACAAAAAUAUUGAACAAUCUGAUAGAUCGGUUGAAAAAAGUACACCUCGUGCUCCAUUCUCAGCUGAUGCAGCUAAUCGAUGUUUUAAACGGAAAUUUGAUGAAACUACAGAAAAUAUUUUAGCUCAAAUCAACUUUCGGCGUCGAUUUUCUUAUCUACCGAAAUUUAACCCUAAUACCGUCUCAUCUACACAAAGCUUAUCAUCACCAACAUCUAUCGAUCAAUUAACCAUACGUUCUGCAGGGCCUUGUUUUUACUCAGUAACUAGUCAGACUGGUUCAGUUACUCCAACACUUAAUAUAGACACUAGUCAACAAUUAUGUACGCUUACUUCUCCAAGUUCUCAUCUUAGUGAUUCGGAAAAUAUUCAUCAAAAUUUAUCACCCAAAAAACUUAAUAUGGAUAAAUCAAAUAAAUGUUUAGAAGAUAAUGUAUUUUUUGGUCCAAACUUUCCAAAUAUCAAAGAAUUUAAGUGGACUACUGAUUCAUUGAAUUCACCUUUACGUAUUUCUUCAUAUGGUCGUUUAUCUAAAAAUCAUCCAUUGCUCCAAAAAUUAUUCAUCAUCAAACAAGUGAAAAUUCAUCAUUGAUAACUCUUUCUCAUUUGUCUGAAGCAAAUGGAAUUAAGUCAAGAUCUGUUUUACAUAUACGUCGUAAAUUAGUUUUACAAUUGUUUCAAGAAUAUGGUUUGUUUCCAUCAAUUCCUGUGAUUACACAUUUUCAACAAUGUUAUGCUUGUUACUUCCCUAGUCGUCAAGCUUUACAAUUGAAAAUACGUGAAAUUCGUCGACGAAUUAUGCAAACUGAUUCUCAUCUAUUUCAAAAAACUAUCAUCAAAGAUAAUUAUGAUUAUUUAAAUAAUAAAAGAAUGUUGAUAAUGAUGAUAAGAUUGAAUUAACAAAAAUAGAAUGUUCAUUAAGAACUAUUUCAAAACAUUCUAUGCCUAUUGUUAAAUCAACUAAUACCUUACAUGAAUAUACGAAUAGAUGUUAUAAUGAUAAUAACAAUACUAAUACUAAUUCAUCUUUAUCAAAUCCAUUAGCAGUUUAAUACUGUUUAUUUUCUUUACAUUGAAAUCUAUCAUUAUUAUUAUUAUUUGAUUUGUCUUAUCAUCUCUUUUCAUUGAUUAAAUCUUUCAGCAAUUUUAUACAUUCUUCAAUAGGGUUAAUUUUUAAUCAUUAAUUUAUUGACUAAUAUUGUUCCAGUGAAUUUUAACUUGUCAUUUUAUGUUUUUAUUUUAUUUAUUUGUUUAUAUGUUCUAAUAUUUAUUUAUUCACUGUCAUAGUAUCUAUCCAUAUAUAUACUAAUUUCAUAUUAUGCUUUAAAUGACCACUCUAGUUAACAUACACAAAUCAUGAUCUUAUUUCACUUUUUUUCUUUUUGUUGAUCAUCUCUCUUUUUGUUCUUCUCCGAUUUCUGUUUUCUCGUUAUAUGCUGUUCCAUUUUUAAUUAGCUUAAAUUUUCUAUGCUUAUUAUACCAAAGCUCUGGUCAUUCACAUGUGUGCAAUUAAAUUACCUUUAUAAAAUGCCUUGUUCUUUUCUUUUUAUUAAUUAAACGUAUUUCCUGUAAUACACUGCUUUGUUUAAUUAUAUAUAUAUUAUGGGGAUUUUCAUUAAUUUAAACUUUCUUUUUCUCAUUUUAUUGUUAUUUAUGAAAAUAUGUAAUUGGUAUCUGUUGUGAGUUGAAUGUUCGGCGGCCUGCUUGAGCAUCUGGGCUACCUGUUCCUGCCAUCUAGAUAUUUCAACAAGUUAUCUAUUUUUGUUUGUUUUAUUAUAUAAUUAUGUUUAUUAUUCGCAUAACAUGUCCUAGUGCAUUUCUGAAAAGUGUACAACUUUUCGUUGUCAAAGUUACAAAAAGCCCAAUAAGAGAUAAUGUGGUUGCUGGCAAUAUGCAGAGAAAAGAAUAUACAUUAUUCAGAUGUUCAUUUACUGGACUGCUAACAUCUAACUGGCGAUCACUCAAUAUUUAUCGUCAGGAUCGACCAAGAAGAAAGAAACGGAAA